AUGCCCCGGGCCGUGCCCCUGCCCCUGCCCUCGUGUCCUCCCACCCUUCCAGGCUCUUCCUCUCUCUCGCCCCACGCCCUCCCUCUCUCUCGCCCCGCCUCGAAAUACAUCAUCUCCGUUGCCCAGUUUCGACCAGAGAAGAACCAUGCAUUGCAGCUCCGGGCUUUUGCACAGGCCAUAAAGCCUGCACCACCAUCCGAUCCAACGGCUGACGCUCAAUCGGAGCCCGAUCCAACGGCCAGCACUCCAUCGGAGCCCAAUCCGAUGGCUGGCGUGCGUCUGAAGCUGGUGGACAGCAGCCGGCACCGGGAGGAUGAGAAGCGGAUUGAGCUGCUGGGAUGCCUGGCUGUGUCUCUCGGCAUUGAGAGGCGCGUGGAUUUCAUUACCAACACUCCCUUCCGGGAGCUGCAGCAACUAUUAGGCGGAGCCACCUGCGGCAUACACACCAUGUGGGACGAGCACUUUGGUAUCAGCGUGGUUGAAUACGUGGCAGCAGGGGCUGUUCCUAUAG